AUGGCAUUUGCGCGCAGGUUAGCGAUUCUACCAGGUGGCCUAGGCGGCCUCGGGUCCAGCAUAGGCAAGAAACUGCAACAACAAGGCGCCCGCUUAGCAAUUCUCUACGCCCCCUUCGAAGCCGCCCGCCGCGACGAACUACUGGAAACCCGGUACGGCGGCGGCGCCAACAUGGACGAAAUCUACACCUACGAGUGCGACAUCACGGCGCCCGACUCGGUUCAAUCUGCCUUUUCCUCUUUACACGAAGACCUCGUGGCGCCGGAUUCUUCAUCUCUGGCUGCAAGGGCGUUCCCCAGUAUCCUGAUCAACACGGCUGGAUACGUAUCGCUGAGCGAAAUGGAAAGUACACCGCCCGCCGAAACGAUGAAGCAUCUCACCACCAAUGUAUUCGGACCAAUGCUCUGCUCACAGGCCUUUGCCAAUAUGUACUUUGCUGCGUCCAAGGUAGCUGCCUCUUCGACUAGUCCCCCGCCGCCGGGACGGAUCGUGAGUAUUUCGAGUCAAGCGGCGCAUGUCGCGCUGCAGCGCCAUGGAGCGUAUUGUGCUUCUAAAGCGGGAUUGAUGGGGUUGACCCGGAGUAUGGCGUCGGAGUGGGCUGGACGUGGGAUCACUGCGAAUACGGUUUCGCCGACGGUGGCGUGGACGGAUCUGGGGAAGAAGGCGUGGGGGGAGGAUUCGGUGCGAGAGGCGUUUUUGAAGUCGAUUCCCGUUGGAAAGUUUGCACUUCCGGAGGAGGUUGCUGAUGCGGUUUUGUUUCUUUGUCAGGACUCGAGUGGGAUGAUUAACGGUGCGGAUGUUCGAGUUGAUGGUGGGUUUACUAUCAGGUAA